AUGGCAACUGCGAAACCAAGUAAAAAGUACCAUGCAUCAUGCCACUGUCAACUAGUUCGCUAUAGCGUAACCCUCUCGCCUACGCUCGACGACCUAGACUCCUGGGUCGUAGAGUGCAACUGCAGCAUUUGCGCGCGGAAUGGCUAUCUCAACGUCUACGUGCAGAAUGACUGCAUUGAGUUUGAGACGGUAGGGUUAGAGAGCGAGUUAGUGGAGAAGUAUACUUUUGGUAAACACCGCGUGCAGCAUUACUUCUGCAGCCGUUGCGGUAGUAGCCUGAUGGCUGAGAGCCUUGAACCUGGAUUCUACGAAGGGGUAAAGGCUUUGAAUGUUCGCAUGUUCCAAGAUGUCGACGUCCGGACGCUCCAGCGUAGGCAAGUCGACGGGCGAAGCUUAUGAACGCUUACGAGAUAUUACGCGAUACUGUAUACUACAUUUCCGCAGAUAUCGUGGGUCCGACAUCUUUCCACUGUUGGACAGAUCGAGUCUGCAUACUAAGACUGAUCACCUUGGCGUGCAGAUGAGGUCAAGAUGAAGGAACGCAGGUAUAGAGAUGAUCUUUUCUGUGAGAUAUCAUGAGUCGCUGUUUCGAGUCUUGCCCAGUGUUUUUUUCGUAUCACAGCCGGCUAUUUGUCCCUCGUUAUACAAUGCAAGCUAAGACUUUUUUCAAUGCUAUAUGUACGAGAUGCAUUUUUCUAUGCUGAACUACCCCGAAUAUUCUUUUCUGACACAAUACUCACUCUACUUUCACAUGUUUACCC